AUGGAAAUUUUGUGGAAGACGCUGACUUGGAUAUUGAGCCUAGUCAUGGCUGCUUCUGAAUUUCAAACCUUCAACAGACUUUCACACAAUUCCCAAGAGGAGUUCCUGUCCUACCUUGAACAGUACCAGCUGACAGUCCCAGUGAGGGUGAGCGAGACCGGAGAGUUCCUGAGCUACACUGUGAAACACCACCGACCCGCCCGGCGAAGGCGGGGACUGGAUCCGGCCGACUCUGAGUCCAGGCUUUUCUACAGACUCUCAGCCUACGGAAGGCACUUUCAUUUAAACCUUACACUCAACCCCCACCUGGUGUCGAAACAUUUUACUGUAGAAUACUGGGGGAAGGAUGGACCAGAGUGGCGGCACGACUUCGUUGAUAACUGCCAUUAUGUUGGAUACCUGCAGGACCAAUACAGCACCACAAAGGUGGCGCUGAGCAACUGUAAAGGCUUGCAUGGUGUUAUUACAACAGAAGAAGAACAGUAUUUAAUUGAGCCAUUAAAGAAUAUAUCCUCCAAAAAUUCCAGUGAUUUAAACCUUGAAGAAGGACAGCCACAUGUUAUUUAUAAAAAGUCUUCCAUUCCCCGGCCCCAAGAGCACAGUGAGGAGUUUGGCUGUGGCGUUUCAGACCUCACAAGAAGUGGGACGCCCUGUUGGCUGAGCACUCCUGCCUCGGCCCCCCCUACCCCUGCCCCAAUUAACAGCAGCACAAACAGUGCCCACCGGCAGAAGCGGUCGGUCAGUUCAGAGCGUUUUGUCGAGACCCUCGUGGUAGCCGACAAAAUGAUGGUGGGGUACCACGGCCGCAAGGACAUCGAGCACUAUAUCCUGUCGGUGAUGAAUAUUGUUGCCAAACUGUACCGAGAUGCCAGUCUAGGAAACGUUGUGAACAUUAUAGUAACACGGCUGAUCGUUUUGACAGAGGACCAGCCCAACUUGGAGAUAAACCACCAUGCAGACAAGUCCCUGGACAGCUUCUGCAAGUGGCAAAAGUCCAUCCUCUCCCAUCAGGGGGACGGGAACAGCAUUCCAGAGAAUGGCAUCGCUCACCACGACAACGCCGUUCUCAUCACAAGGUAUGACAUCUGCACCUACAAGAACAAACCCUGUGGCACCUUAGGUCUGGCAUCGGUGGCUGGAAUGUGUGAACCUGAAAGGAGUUGCAGCAUCAACGAAGACAUCGGUCUUGGCUCCGCGUUCACCAUCGCCCAUGAAAUCGGGCACAACUUUGGCAUGAACCACGAUGGGAUUGGGAACUCCUGCGGCACCAAGGGUCAUGAGGCCGCCAAAUUAAUGGCAGCACACAUUACAGCCAACACCAACCCAUUCUCCUGGUCAGCCUGCAGCAAAGACUACAUCACCAGCUUCCUGGACUCAGGUCGGGGGACGUGUCUGGACAACGAACCUCUGAAACGAGACUUCCUAUACCCCACGGUGGCCCCGGGGCAGGUGUACGACGCGGAUGAGCAGUGCCGCUUUCAGUACGGUGCCUCCUCCCGCCAGUGCAAGUAUGGGGAAGUGUGUAGAGAGCUCUGGUGCCUUAGCAAAAGUAACCGCUGUGUCACCAACAGUAUCCCUGCAGCUGAGGGGACGCUGUGUCAGACUGGCAGCAUUGAGAAAGGGUGGUGCUAUCAGGGGGAGUGCGUGCUGUUCGGGACGUGGCCCCAGAGCGUGGAUGGGGACUGGGGUCCAUGGUCCAUGUGGGGCGAAUGCAGCCGGACCUGCGGCGGUGGCGUCUCCUCCUCCGUCCGACACUGUGACAGCCCAGCGCCGUCUGGUGGGGGAAAGUACUGUCUUGGGGAGAGGAAACGGUAUAGAUCAUGUAACACCGAUGCCUGUCCGGCAGGGUCGCGGGAUUUCCGGGAAAAACAGUGCGCCGAUUUCGACAGCAUGCCAUUCCGUGGGAAGUACUACAACUGGAAACCCUACACUGGAGGUGGUGUUAAGCCCUGCGCCCUGAACUGCCUGGCUGAAGGCUACAACUUCUACACCGAGCGCUCUCCGGCUGUCAUCGAUGGCACGCGCUGCCAGGCGGACUCCCUGGACAUCUGCAUCAACGGGGAAUGCAAGCACGUCGGCUGUGACAACAUCCUGGGAUCGGAUGCGAAGGAAGACCGCUGCCGAGUGUGCGGGGGGGACGGGAGCACCUGCGAGACCACCGAAGGACUGUUCAAUGACUCUCUUCCACGAGGAGGCUACAUGGAGGUCGUUCAGAUUCCAAGGGGUUCUGUUCACAUCGAGAUCAAAGAAGUGGCCAUGUCAAAGAACUACAUCGCUCUGAAAUCCGAAGGGGAUGACUACUACAUCAACGGGGCGUGGACCAUCGACUGGCCCAGGAAGUUUGACAUCGCGGGGACGGCGUUCCACUACAAGAGGCCUUCGGACGAGCCUGAGUCCUUGGAGGCCCUGGGGGCCACCACCGAAAACCUAAUCGUCAUGGUGCUACUACAGGAGCAGAAUCUUGGCAUCCGCUACAAAUUUAAUGUGCCCAUUACGCGGACAGGAAGUGGGGACAACGAAGUGGGCUUCUCCUGGCAUCAUCUGCCCUGGUCCGAGUGUUCCGCCACUUGUGCAGGAGGUUCACAGAAGCAAGAGGUUGUGUGCAAAAGGCUGGAUGACAACUCUGUGGUCCAGAACAGCUACUGUGACCCAGACAGCAAACCACCAGAGAACCAACGGGCAUGCAACACAGAGCCCUGUCCACCUGAGUGGUUCAUUGGGGACUGGUCAGACUGCAGUGAAACAUGCGACGGGGGCACCCGCACCCGGACUGUUCUGUGCAUCCGCAAGAUUGGACCCGCGGAGGAGGAGACGCUGGAGGACAGCCUCUGCCUGACUCACCGGCCAAUAGAAAGAGAAUCCUGCAACAACCAGUCCUGCCCUCCACAGUGGGUCACCCUGGAUUGGUCAGAGUGCACCCCAAAGUGUGGCCCUGGGUUCAAGCACCGCAUUGUCCUAUGCAAAAGCAGCGACCUGACCAAGACGUUCCCUCCCGCUCACUGUCCCGACCACAACAAGCCGCCGGUCCGAAUACGCUGCAGCCUGGGCCGUUGCCCGCCACCGCGCUGGAUCCCCGGAGAGUGGGGACAGUGUUCGGCGCAGUGCGGCCUGGGACAGCAGAUGCGCACCGUGCAGUGCCUGUCCUACACCGGGCAGCCCUCCAGUGAGUGUGCCGAGUCGCUGCGCCCCCCCACCAUGCAGCAGUGUGAGAGCAAGUGCGACGCCACGCCCAUCUCCAACGCAGAGGAAUGCAAAGACGUAAACAAAGUGGCGUACUGCCCACUGGUGCUGAAGUUCAAGUUCUGCAGCCGCGCGUACUUCAGGCAGAUGUGCUGCAAGACGUGCCAAGGACACUGACCCGCGGAGAGAGGAGGGCCAAGACUGCGCGAGCAACAGCGAGAGAGAGAGAGAGAGAGAGAGAGCGAGAGCGAGAGAGAGAAGAGUGGCAGUGAGCAAAAAAAAACGGCAUCAGCGGACAAGAUGGAGUUGCAAGGAGGAGAGGAACAGCCCGACUCUCGCACCUGCGUUUUUUAACCCUGUGGAAAGCCUGAACCACUGCUCAGCCCCCUUCCCACCCCCCUUCCCACCAUACGCUGAUGCAUCCCAGUCUUAUUUUCACUUCUGUGAAGUGGGAACUUAGAUUUUUAUUGUGUUGAUGUUAUUUUUAUUAUAAUAAUAAUAAUUAUUGUUAUUAUUAUUGUUGGUUUGUUAUUUUUAAUCCAAAGUGCUGGACACAUCAUUCCCAGAAGAGGCGCCAUAUCAGAGAUUCGGAAAAAAAAAUUAAGUUGGCGACCAUCAGAUAUGGAGGCGUUGGCCCGGGUUUUUUGACUUCACCCCGGGCCUGCGGUGAUGGGAUGGACGGACUGUGGUUGCCAUGUUGAAAGACGCGCUUCCUCUCCGCUGCACGAUUGCGCGAGCAGAUCACUGCUUCCCACCCACACGUUUCCACAUUAUCAAAAUAAAGUGAAUCCAGGAGAAUGCUCUUUUGCAUACAGAGUCCAUCAACCAGGUUAUUGCCAGAAAUAUGCCAUAACAUUUUUUUUCCACUCAUGUUUGUGAAAUCUGACAUUGUUCUCAGAGUAUACCAUGUACCAUGGGGGCGGGGGGUACCGGCGUGGGGGGGCGUGCGACAGUAUCGGUGUCGAGAGCUUCCUGUGUGGAAUAGAGGGCACCCAGCUUUAGAUGUGGAAGCAUUCCAAACUGGGGUGGGGGUGGGGGGGUGUUCGAUUUCGGUCUGUCAGAAAACCAGGUGGCGGUGAGAUACUGUUUAUUUGUAAGUUUAUGUUUCUACAGGAGGAGUCAAAACAGAGGGGUGCCCAACUGAUAAGGUCUCACACUCUGUUUCCCCCCACCACCACCCCCCACCCCC